CGGUGAGCGGGAGCCGAAGGCAGCUCCCGAACUGCGAGAAGGACUGGGAGGCGGUGGGCUUGAGCACGCGCUCUAUAACGCUAUCUCUAUUGGCCGUAUUAAUCCCGAGCACCCGCUUUGGACUUCAUCUCCCAGAAGCCCCGGCCCAGCGUGGCGGGGCUCUGGAAUUCUGGGAGUUGAAGUUCAAACGCGAGGAAACGACAAGCCCCGCCCCUUCCUAGAAUGUAUUGCAAUGUGGGCAAAACAAUAGCUGGAAUGGCAUACUGACCUGAAUUAAAAAAUUAGUAGCAUACAUUAAUUAUCCCAGCCUUUAAUCAGCUGUCUCCUCUUUUUUCCCAUUCAUUUGAAGAUUUUAGUAAUGUAGCUCUGAACUCCAGUACAUCACACCGUGAUGAAGUACAGCUUGUUCAAGUCACUAAAGAUUAAUCCAUACUAUGGAAAGCCCUGAAGACCUCUGCUUUCCUGAAGAAGGAUGUGACAGCAGCAUAGUUCUUGAAAAACAAGUUUUUAAAUCCCAAGUAUCAGAAUCACAUGUUCAGCUUGCUUGCAGCCUCCAUUACUGUGCUUUUCCUUUGAAUGGAAAUGAGCUUUGUAUUUUGGAUACGACUGAUGAUCCUAAGCAUGAGCCAUUACACUUAAUUGGCCAUCACCAUUCAAUUACUGCCGUUGCAUUUGGAAGCAAGGUCAGUCCACUUCUAAUUUGCUCUGCUUCGAGUGACUAUGUGAUAGUGUGGGAUCUGGAUGCAUGUAUGAAGAAGGUGCUAGAAGGAUUAAUGCCACAAGGUAUUGUUAUAGGGACACUCUUGGGAAUGGUGCUUUAUGUCCGAUUUAGUCCAGAUGAUCAGACUGUGGCAGUAUGUGCUGGCAAUAGGAUUUACAUGUUAAAUGCAAAAGAUGAGGCUAUACUUGCGGAACUAGAGGGCCAUUUGGCUCCAGUGACAGCUGCUGAGUUUUGUACUUGGGAGAAAAAUAUACUGAUAUCAGUGUCUGAAGACAGAAGUUUUAAGGUAUGGGAUUAUUGUACUGGACUGCUAAUAUAUCAAUCAGCAGUAAUAACAGCAUUUCCUCUUUUAAGUCUCUUCAUUGAUGAAGAAAAUAAGCAGAUCAUAACUGGGUGUGCAGAUGGACAGCUGUGGAUCUUUAGCUUGACUAGUGGGCACCAAUAUCGCUGUGUGGUACACAUUAAUGUACAGAAAGAGAGGGAGAAGUUUUACAGCAAAAUUGGAAAAUCUGAACAUUUGGAUCAGAUUCAGAAUUCAUCAAAGGCAUAUGCUUCAAAUGAUUUAAGAUAUGAAGAAACGGUUGAAUCCACUUUUCCAGUUCUCCAAAUUGAACACUGUGACAAGUCUGCACAUUUAGAUGAUGAAGUAUCCAGUUUUUCUUAUGCAAAUGCCCGAUGCUUAUGGAUAGGAAGCUCUACUGGUUUAUUCAUAAUUAACAUGGCAAAUUUUGAAUUGGAAGCUAUUCUUCAUUAUAGAGAUUUCAGUGCUCUCAGCAUUCAGUCGGCUGGAUCAUGUGCUUUAAUGAAGAAGGCAGUCAAUGGUAAGGUUUGUUGUGUGCUAACUUCAAUGUUUGAGAACAGAAUUGCCUUACUGGAGGUGAAUGUUGCCGCCCUGUUGAGAUCCCAACAAAAUGAACUCCUUUUAAGUGGAAAGGAAAAAAGCCUUUCAGUUGUUGCCAGGUGUACCCUCUUACCAACCUCUCCAUUAUACCCGAAGAAGGAAAAAAACAUCUUGGUCCAUAGGAAAGGUAUAAAGAGCUCUGUAAAAGAUCAGCCCCUGGUUUUUCAUAAUAAAAUCAAGUCAUCAGGUUAUACAUCAUCACCACAAAUGACUAUGUUUUCUCCAAAGACGAAUGCAAUGCAAAAGAGUUCAGUACCAAAAGGCAAAAAAGGUAGCAAACGAAGAAGUGAAGAAUAUCCACUUCCAAAAUUUCCUCCAACCAAAUUUGAGAGGCAGGUUACUGUUGCUGACAAAUCAACAUCUGUAUGCUGUAUUCAAUAUUCAGGAGAUGGAGAGCUCUUGGCUUGUGGAUUAGCUGACAAAACGUUGCUGGCAUUCAAGUCAAACCUCACAGGAACGCCAACUGUUUAUUCAGGGCAUGAUGGUGCUGUUAACUCAGUUGGUUGGAGCCUUGAUAACCACUGGCUUGUUUCAUCUUCUGAAGACAGAACAUUAAGGAUCUGGUCAGUCAGCAGUGCAGAGCCUGCUUUAUGUCUGGGAAAGGAACUUUUUCAUAAACCAAUCAGAUCAGCCCAGUUCUAUUACAUAGAUACAUUUAUACUGCUAUCCUGUGGAGCAGAGUUUUAUUUGUUAAGGUACUACCUGGACACUACCAAAGAUGAGUUUAAACGGUACAAAAGUAAGAGCAUUUGCAAAUCAAUACAAAAAUUUCCCAUGGCAUCUACAGUGGAAAUUUCCAGUCUUUCGGCUGUAAAUGAAUUCUAUUCUUAUAUUGUUCUGGCUGCAGGCAGCAACCGAGCACUAGAAGUGUUUGACCUCAACGUUGGCUGCAGUGCAGCCUUAAUAUCAGAUGCUCAUUCUAGAUCGGUUCACCAGAUUUGCCAAAAUAAGGGUUCAGCUUUUAGCAGUCAGCAGUGUGAAGCUUACAAUCUCUUCUUAACAACAGCUAUUGGUGAUGGUAUCAAGCUUUGGGAUUUGAGAACAUUAAGGUGUGAACGACGCUUUGAAGGUCAUAGCAGUCGCUGCCAUCCUUGUGGGAUUGCUGUUUCUCCUUGUGGACAAUUCAUUGCCAGUGGAUCUGAAGAUAAAUGUGCUUACAUAUAUGAGAAGCAUUCAAGCACCUAUUCCCAUAAAUUGACAGGACACACAGAAUCUGUAAUCAAUGUGGCUUUUGGCCCAUCAUCUCCCCAGCUCACCACAGCCACUUUGGAUGGAAAAUUGCAUUUGUUCCUACCCUGAAGACUUUGACAUCUUUACCCUGCUACUUUGAGAAUCAGUUUCCCUAAAAGAAAGGAGAAGGUUGGGCAGGCUACUAUAUAGUUUGUUAAAUAUAGGUUUCCAUGUGCUUUCUGCCCCCUGUUAACCCUCAAGAUGCACUUAAAGGCUUACUUCUAGAAAAGUGUAUGACGGGAAAUAAUCCAUCACGAGAGUGAGUACUUCCUGUCUCUUCUUUAGCAGAGCAUUCUAGUAUACAUUAUUUUGAAACCUAAUUUCACCAGUGCUAUCAGUUAGCUAUCAGUCUAGUUGGAUACCAUUAACUUUAGCCAUUGCAAUGCAAUCUAUAAUUUAUCAGGGAACAUCAAAUGAAAUUUGAAAAAGAUCUUCGCUGUUUCUGUUGUAUUUUAUUAUGAUUUGAGAUGGUUGUCUGAACCACUUUACUUUUAAAAAUACAAUAUUUGAGCACCAAAAUUGAUACACAAAUAUAAGCCAGCUUUGGUAACACUUUUGAUAACACCCAAUCCUCAGUAAUAAAAUGAUUUAUUUUAUUGUCAUA